UGUGCCCCGGUCUGGGAGAAUGGAAGUGGGAACAUGAACCAAAUGUGCCACUGUACGAACGGAGUUACUAAACCAAGGAAUCAGCACUCGCCGUGAAAUCUGAAGGGAGACAGAUAUAACUGAAGUAUUGCCUGGACAACUGGAUUCGCCUGAGGCGCAGACGCUGUUCCCGAUCCCGCAAGUCCCGCACCUUGUCGGUCACCUUUUGAGCUGAGAGGGGAAGGAGAACAGAGCCAAAGAUGGAGCAGCUGUCGGACGAGGAGCUGGACCACGCCGCUGAGGAAGACAGCGACAAGGAGGAUCAGGACCUGGACAAGAUGUUCGGGGCCUGGCUGGGGGAGCUGGACAAGCUCACGCAGAGUUUGGAUGAUGGAAAGUCAGAGAAGCUUCAGAAGGCUCCACUCAGACAGGAGACCAACCUGGCCAACUUCUCCUACAGAUUCUCCAUGUACAACAUCAACGAGGCCCUGAACCAGGGGGAGACGGUGGACCUGGACGCGCUCAUGGCGGACCUGUGCUCCAUCGAGCAGGAGCUGAGCAGCAUCGGCAAGCCUAACAGCGGGCCGUCCCGGCUGGGGGUGGCGGGAGAGGCCAAGGGGCGGCAGAAGGCGGCGGGGGGGCGCAGCGGCAGGCACGGGGGCGGCGGCGGGAGCAGCGGGGGCAGCGCCAGCAGCAGUGCCCGGGCCUCCCCCUCCUCCACGGUGCGGGGGGGCAGCGGCCAUGCCCGCCCGCUGGCCUCCAACUUCUCCCUGGACGACAUCACGGCGCAACUGGAGCAGGCCUCACUGAGCAUGGACGAGGCGGCGCGGCAGAGCCUGCCCUCCUCCGUCCCUGCGUCUUCCUCCUCCUCCUCCUCUUCCUCCUACUCCUCCUCCACGCUGCGGCGGCCCUCGUCCUCCUCGUCCUCCUCGCACCACCGGCGGACGGGCUCGGCGGGCGCCGUCAGCGACCACGAGGUGCGCUCCAUCAGCCGCUCCUCGCGCUCCAGCAUCAACUCCGCCUCCGCCUCCAGCAUGGACUCACUCGACAUUGACAAGGUGCUGCGGGUGCCUGAGCUGGACGGCCUGACGCAGGCCCCCGCCCAGCAGCCGGCGCCUCAGCCCAGCUCUGAGCACUCCUAUCUGGACAGGGAAACCUCCCUCAUUCUGACAAACAUAGCAGGGAAGCCUUCUCACUUGCUGACCAAGGAGGAGCAGGCGGCCAAGCUGAAGGCUGAGAAGAUUCGAGUGGCUCUGGAAAAGAUCAAGGAGGCACAAGUGAAAAAACUGGUGAUCCGUGUGCACAUGUCGGACGAGAGCUCCAAGACCAUGAUGGUGGACGAGCGGCAGACGGUCAGGCAGGUGCUGGACAGCCUCCUGGACAAGUCCCACUGCGGCUACAGCCCCGACUGGUCGCUGGUGGAGACCAUCAGCGAACUGCAGAUGGAGCGAAUCUUUGAGGAUCAUGAGAACCUGGUGGAGAACCUGCUGAACUGGACCCGGGACAGCCAGAACAAACUGAUGUUCAUUGAACGCAUUGAGAAGUACGCCCUGUUCAAGAACCCUCAGAACUACUUGUUGGGGCGGAAGGAGACGUGUGAGAUGGCUGACAGGAACAAAGAAGCCCUCCUGGAGGAGUGUUUCUGUGGCAGCUCGGUGAGCGUGCCGGAGAUGGAGGGUGUCCUCUGGCUGAAGGAGGAUGGCAAAAAGUCAUGGAAGAAGCGCUACUUCCUCCUGCGUGCCUCUGGGAUCUACUUUGUGCCAAAGGGCAAGGCCAAGGCCUCCAGGGACCUGGCAUGCUUCCUACAGCUGGACCAUGUGAACGUAUACUAUGGCCAAGACUACCGCAGCAAGUACAAGGCCCCCACUGACUACUGUCUGGCUCUCAAGCACCCUCAGAUCCAGAAGAAGUCCCAAUAUAUCAAGUACCUGUGCUGUGAUGACGUGAGGACUCUUCACCAAUGGGUCAACGGAAUCCGCAUCGCCAAGUAUGGGAAACAGCUGUACGUGAACUACCAGGAGGCCAUGAAGCGCACAGAGGCAGCCUACGACUGGUCCUCCCUCUCCAGCUCCAGCAUCAAGUCCGGCUCCAGCUCCUCCAGCCUGCCAGAGUCCCAGUCCAACCACUCCACCCAAUCGGACAGCGGCGUGUCGGACACCACCUCCUCGAGCCACGCCCGCUCUCAGAGUGUGGUCAGCUCCAUCUUCUCUGAGGCCUGGAAGAGGGGCACACAGAUGGAGGAGAACACCAGGGUGAGCCCCACCCCAUUGGUUGAGCCUGUCAGAGGACCGUACCCCCCUCAACUACCGCAGCUACCCCAAAUGCCAAUACCCCCCAUGCCCCAGCUGCCCCCUCAACCCCACAGUAGUUACCCCCAUAUUUCCCCACAGGCCACCCAACCCCCUCCACCACCUCCACCCCCGCCUCCCCCUCCUGCUCCCCCCGCCCCAGCCCACCACGCCACCCCCAUCAUGUUCACCAAGUACAGCACCAUCACCCGCCUUCAGAACGCCUCCCAUUCGGCCAAUCAUUUCAAGCCCCCCUCGCUGGUCCAGCAGCAGGUGCCUCCAGCUCCGCCUCCUCAGUCCGUCAAACCCCAGAUCAACGUGCCAACAGGGCCCAACGUCCCACCUCCCCCGCCGCCCCCGCCCCCUCCCCCCAUGCCGGCCCCUGGCUCCGCCAUGGCUGUUCUGAAGCUGGGACCAGCCAGCCCCGGCUUACCUCAGUUCACCCCCCCGCCGCCCCCCCAGGCAUCGCACCCCAAGUCACCCACCCACCUGCAAAACAACGACAUGCCCCCUCCCCCGCCCCCGGUUCAGGCCAAGUACCAGGCCAUCAGCAACAACAGCCUCCAGCAGGUCCUGGCACAGAAGUUUCCCAAUCUGCCACAGGAUGUUACACCUCCCAUCUGUCAAACGGAGUCCCCCCCACCCCCUCCUCCACCGCCACCCCCGCCUCCACCCCCACCGCCAGCCCCAGCUCCUCCUCCACCGCCACCCCAGCUAGCGACAUCCCCGCCCCUUCCAACCCCUCCACCCCCAGCCCCACCUAAAAUGUUCUCUGGGGGCUUCCCCCCACAAACCGCCCGCAAGCCCUCUGGUCCUGGUCUCCCUACAUCCCCAGUCUCUCCCCUCCCACCUCCCGCAACCUCACCCAGUGGCCCUCCUGCUCCGAUGAAAAAACAGCAGAGUUUAACCACGGGCCACACCCACAGUCAGCCCCCUCCGACCUUGCCCAAACAGCACAGCCUCACCUCAAAGGCCCCGCCCAUGUCUGCCCCGAUUUCGCCCACCCCGUCCCUGGUGAAACAGAUAGUCAACCAGUUUCCGGGGGCCAGUCCCCCUGCAGCUGGUGCCUCAGAGAGCCCAAAGACGCCAGGCCCCCAGUCCCCUCCCGUGGUCAAAGCCAAACCCAAGUGGCAGCCAGGGGGACAAACUCAGCAGCAGUUGCCUGAGUUCCCCCCUCCUCCACCCGAGAGCAGCCUCGCCUUCCCUCCCCCUCCACCACCCCCACCACUGCCCCCAGCUCCGACUCCCCCACCACCCCCUCUUCCUCCCACCUCCGUCAAAAUGGGUUCACCGGUGAAGAAGUCCUCCUCGUCCUCAUCUUCAUCCAGCUCUGGCGGGAAGAAGCCCCCGCCAACCCCCCAGAGGAACUCCAGCAUCAAGUCCGGCUCCUCGGCGGAGUACCAGGAGGCCAAGAAGGUGGAGAGCCUGGUGAGCAAGUUUGCCCAGCCGCCCGUCUCCGCCGGAAGCUCGCCCGCCUCAUCCGCUUCCUCCUCCGGGUCGCCCUCCAAGGACCCCUCCAUGGGGCCCCCGGCGCCGCCCAAACCAGGCAAGCUGAACCUCUCCAACCUGCCCCUCGCCCUGCAGGGCAAGGCAGGUCAGCACAGGCAGUCCAGCACCGACUUUCCCUCCCCUCCGCCCGAGUGCGACUACUUCCCCCCUCCCCCGCCCGAUUCGGAGCUGCUGCCCCCGCCCCCGCUCCCCGGCGACCCCCACAGCGGGGCGCCCAAAGUGGCCGUGGUCAACCCCCAGCCCCAGGCCUCCACCACAGCCUCGUCCUGGAGCAAGAGCUCCCUGAAGAAGACCCCGCCCCCAACGCUGCUCCGCCGCAGCACCACCACCCCGGAGCCCCCGCCCCUCUCGCCCCCGCCCCAACAAGUGGCCCCGCCCUCCUUCAGCUCCUCCCCCCUCCCGCCGACCUCCCCCAAGGGGAACCUGUCGGUGCAGCCCAACUUCCUGGAGGACCUGAACAGGACUCUGAAGAGGAAGUCCGUCUCCAGGCACGGCUCCCUCACCUCGUCCCGGAUCUCCGCCAAGCUGGAGCCCGUGGCCACCAUGGACGACAUGGCGCUGCCGCCGCCGCCCCCGGAGCUGCUGCGUGACCCGCAGAAGCAGGGCGGGUAUGCGUCCGGGAACAUCUCAGGCUAUGCAACAUUACGCCGGGGGCCUCCCCCGGCGCCCCCGAAACGGGACCAAAGCACCAAACUGACCAGGGAGUGGUAGUGAGGGGCACCGCGGACCCCCCGCGCUCCGGUACAGAGCCGCAGACUGUGGACGUGUCUGUCUUGUUCUAGAACGUUAUGUCUCUCGUUACGACCCAUGCAGGAACGCACAUGGACACUACUCCUCCUACGUCGAGAUAGCUACCGCUCUGCUCUAUAGAAAGCAAAACCAAACCACCUAUCAGCUUUUCUGUGUGUUUGUGUGCAAUGUAUUAAUUAUAGGCAAUUAUACAAAACAUGACAAGAAGAAUGACUUUUGCUGCAAUGUAUUGGUACUGCAUGGACUCCUGUAUAGACAAAAUGUAACAUGAGAAGCUAUUUGGGGUGUGUAAGGGCUCUGUGAAAAAGAGGAUAUGUUUGAACUCUGGGGUGUGCGGGAGGGGAGGGGAGAUAGUUCUACGUAAUUUGUUUUUUAUAUAUUAUAUAUAUAAAAUUAUUUAAUACGUGAAGAGAUUUUCUUGUUUUACAGUUACGUUUUUUUCAAACCAGGAGAAUCAAGGUUAAGCUGGUCAUGAUCACAAACCUGUAUGUUGAGAGACAGAGGAGGUGUGAGCCAUGUGUAAUUCAGUGAUUCGGUGAUGACAUGCAUUGGUUCUAGAUGUACAAGUCACCCUUUGUACCGCGCUGUACAGCGAAAUUCCUCAAGUCGCCGUGUAUUGUACUGACGCGCAAGGACGUUUCCUCUGUUGCAAAGGAGAGACUUUUUGCACACUGCACCCAAAAAAAAUGGUUGAAAACCUUUGGUGAUCAACUGGAAAAGAGGAACAAGGACAUGAUUCAGAUAAUUUGUUCUUUUGGUUUAUUUUAUUUUUUUUAAUUAAAAAAGUAAUUGAGAAGGGUUGGCAGUUAAUCAAAAAUUGAAAUGGAAUGACAUGCCGCUGAUUGGGUCCGGCCUCAGGAGUCGCUGAGAUGCACCGCGUGGGUUUGACCUGCUCUGUCUCUGCUUACGUUGGUCUCAUUGCUCUCUCUGUACAUACAAACAACCGGUGCUCCUGUCUUUAAUGGCUUCCUUUGGCCCGGGGUGGGAAAACAUGAA